AUGGUGGCAAUGGUGCGCCCAAUUAUGACCUACGCCGUAGAAACCCGUGCGGAAACAGAGAGAACCAAACAACAGCUCAGAACGAUGAAAAUGAGGAUCCUGAGAAGAAUUUCAGGGGUGACAUUGAGGGAUAGACAGACCAACAAGUCAAUAAGACAGAGAACUGGUGUACAGGAUGUUGUCAAGUGGAGUAGACAGAGAAGAAGGGAUUGGAGAGACCACGUUGAUAGGAUGGAGUCAGAUAGAAUAGCAUACAUCUGCAAGAAUGAACAACCCAGAGGAAGGAGAAAGCCGGGUAGACCACCGAAAAGAUGGGCUCAAAGCUGGUUUUCCUCAUCUGCAGAAUAG